GUCGUAUUUAUGGUAUAUUUAUUUUUGGAAGUCCAUGAAUUUGGAUUCUUUAUUAAUUUUAUUAUUUUUGUAGGUAAAGAAUUUAUAGUUUCUACAUAAAUUAAAUUAUCUUCGUAUAAAUAGGAGUGUGAUAAUUUUGCAAACGACCUUCCUGUGAUAGAAAUUGAUAAUUGGUCUAUUGAAACGAUUGAACAAACAGGAACUCAUCUUCCUGUAUACAUAUGCUGGAGGUAUUUAAAAUAACAUGGUGCUAGAAGUUAAGUAAAAUGUCAACCGAAAAUUGCUUGGUGAAAGCAAUAUAUUCAUUCAAAGGCAAAAAUAAUGAUGAACUAUGCUUCAAGAAAGGUGACAUUAUCACAGUUACUCAAAAAGAGGAGGGAGGAUGGUGGGAGGGUACUCUAGGUGAGACCACCGGCUGGUUUCCAAGCAACUAUGUGACUGAAUAUAAAGAUCCUACAGGUUCUGUUACAACAUCCCCAAUUAGAGCACCUUCAGAAAUACAAGCCUUUAGAAAUGUGGUGCUUAAAGAUAUUAUAGAUUCAGAAAAAGCUCAUGUUGCGGAAAUGCAAGGACUUAUCACCAACUUCUUACAACCAUUAGAGAAAAGUGAGAUGCUAACAAAAGAUGAGUUCAAACAGUUAACGGGUAAUAUAAAUGAGGUGCUGCAGACUCAUGAACAGUUCCUUACAUUACUUGAGGAGUGUGCUACGAAGACCGGUCCGGACCAAAGAGUGGGAGGAUUAUUUUUACAGUGGGCUCCUAAAAUUAAAGCUGUACACCAAACAUAUUGUUCCGGUCAUCCUAAAGCUGUCUGCAUUCUUGACAAAUACAAAGAAGCAUUGAACACAUGGAUGGAAAAUGCAGGUGCUGUUUGUCCAGGGGUGCUAGUAUUGACAGCAGGGCUGUCGAAACCGUUUCGUCGGCUUGGCAAAUAUCCAGCAAUGUUACAGGAAUUAGCGAGGCACGUUCAUGAAGCACAUCCAGAUAGGGGCGAUACACAUCGCGCCUCCGUGGUCUACAAAGAUAUUGCAAGUGGAUGUGCCGCACUGCGUCGUCAGAAGGAGCUGGAGUUGCAAGUGGUGACGGGCGAGGUGCGCGGCUGGCCCGGCGGCGAGCUGGCGUCGCUGGGCGACGUGCUGCACAUGGGCAGCGUGGCCGUGGGGCCCUCGCACCAGGACCGCUACCUCGUGCUGUUCCCCUCGGCGCUGCUACUGCUGUCGGUCAGCAAGCGAGUCUCGGCAUUUGUUUACGAGGGUUGUCUUCCAUUAACUGGCAUUACUGUAUGCAAAUUAGAGGACACAGAUGUUCGGAAAAAUGCAUUUGAAAUUAGCGGCCCAAUGAUAGAUACUAUUGUAGCAGUAUGUCAGACCAAAGCCGAGGCUGAUAACUGGGUAAGCUUGUUGCAAAAGCACUCCAACACGAGCAGCCCGGCUCACGAGCCCGGUCAGCCACAGUCUCUACCACAUAUGGCCGUGAGCGACAGUAAUAGCUCUGAUAUAUCAUCCGGUCUAACAAACCACAAAAGAUCACACUCAUUUAACAAUCAUCAAAGCUACACACAACAUACGCAACAGACACAGAAAAAUAAACAAAAGAAUCAACCCGCGCGUUGGCUGCAAAACUCUUGCGACUCCCUCGACCAAUCGCCCGCUAAACCGAACAAGAGUCCUAUUGGCAAGAAAUUUUCUUCUGUCGAUUUUAUUGACACUGCAGGCUCGAACUACAGCAGUAAAGGAUGGAGCAUAACUUGCUUGCGGCCCGCGCCGCCGCUGAGACCUCAGUCGUUCACAAUCGGAUCGGACGAAAACAUUGGGCCCACGCAUCCUUACGCACCGCAUCAAAGAAAAUCCAAUUCGUACGAAGAAGAUGCUCUUAUAUUAAAAGUCAUUGAGGCUUAUUGCACUUCGGCAAGGUGCAGGAAUGCUGUAAGUUCCGUGGACUGCGGCCACUUAUCUCUCGGUAAAGUACAAUAUCACGCACCCGCUACUAACAUGCCUCACUAUAACUAUACUAAAUUGCCGACCGUCCAGCGAAGUAACACUCCCGAGUCGUCGGCGGCCAACAAGGUGUCCAAAGUGAAGCGUAACAAAAGCUCGUCGGCGGCGGACGCGUACCUGUACCGCGCUCCGGAGACGAGGAGACUCUUGUCCGAGCGGAAAUUUGACAUGAACCGGUCCAACCCCAAUCUGUGGCAGUGCUCGGACGAGCGCGCGCCCCGCGCACUGUGCGGCCGCGAGCGGCGCAGCGGCUCGCACCCCAGCCUCGCGCAGCCGCACGGCCCCCGCCCCGCGCACGCCGCGCACCCCGCACACCCCGCGCACUCCGCGCCGCACGCGCUCCCCGCCGCCCGCUCGGCGCGCUCCUCCACCUGGUGUUGUGGGACCUUCGUCAAACAGCUCACCAAAUCUCACCACUUCGACUGACAUAACCAAUAAUCCUGCCCGCGGUGAACUUCGCAGCGGUGUAUUGACUACAUAUCAUGACGUGAUCACUACUCACCGACUGCUCAGGGUACAUUUGUCAUACUUGUCUUACACGUUACCGAGUGGGCGGCUCUCGGCGCGGCAUCGGCGUCUCAAUGUAUCCAAGCUGACUCCUUCGCUAUUUUACCCCAUGAGUUAAGUUUUACGUCUAACGUUUUGUUUCAAGUGUGACACCAAUAUUAUAGGCGACAACCAAAUAUUACCCGUGUUAUAUUGUCUAAAUCUAGUGCAAGUGCCAUUGAUACAACUUUAACAAUAAUACGUGUUAUCUAUGUUAACAUAGAUUUUGUAUAGUGCAUGUACGCAGUAUUAUUUAGAUUUAAAUAAAUAUUAUAUUUAAAGUAAUCGCUUGUAUAUGUUACAAACAUGGCUGGCUGAAUCUGGCAUUGCGCAUGGUUUGCUUUGAGCAACAAAACUUCUUAGCGUUACACUGUAGUAUACGUAAAUUAUAUUAUUAUUGUAAUAUUAGUUAUAACAUAUUUUAUAUACUUGAGGUGUUGUAUUUUAAUGGGUCUUAUUUCGGUGUUCAUAUAUUAGGGUGAUAUGUUAGAUAGAUGUCAUAAGAGAAAGUGCGAGAUUUUAAUAUUAAAGGGUUAUUUUUUUAUAAGUGAGACUAUUUUAAAAGGUAGUGUGAAUAUAAAAUUCGUGUUUUUUAUUAUGUAGGACAGCGAAUUGUAUUUUUUUUUUAUUGAUUUAUGGGCGAUAAAUGCACACAGGCACAUGUAUUUUCUGGUUAGUAACCAGAGACACGGCUUUGUUAUAAUAAUAUAGUAACUAACAAAUUUUGUCUAUUUUCUCCUAUACUUAAUUGGUGCUUUUGCAAUCAAAAACCAGGGUCAGUUCAUUUCAUUUUGUUUAACAGAUAUGAGAUGGAUAUUGGGUAGCUAUUCAGUAUUCGGCCCAUAAGACGUACUUUUACCGCCAGGGGAAUAUUGGAACAGUAAUUUACAGCAGAUAUAGGAGUUUUGUGUUUAACUCAUCUUUAUAAAGAAAGCCCGAUCUGAGAUUAAAACCAAACUCCCAGUCCAUCGCUCAUAUACUUUGUAAUGAAUAGACCAAGGACGCGAAAUUAUUAAAUUUAGUUUUAAAUAUGUAAUUUGUAGACCAGGUCAAUUCAUACAGUGAAUAUAAAUGCUUGUAUCCUGUGAUUAAUUUAUUUGAAGUGCUCAAUAAAUUUGUCACAUAAACGCACUGACCCUCAUUAUUACAUUAACACAGGUAUGCGUUGUUCAACUAAUGACUCGAAAUAUAAUGUAAUCUCCAAGAGUACAAAAUGAUUAAUAUUAAUUAAAUGUACAAUAAAUUAUGUUUAAAAUAGUCUCACUUGCGGCAUUGGCGUGCACAUCGGGGGCGUCUUAAAUUAUAGAGAAAAUGUAUUAUGAAGUUCUUUUGUACAUAGCGUUAAUAGCGAUGUUUGCUGGUUUUGCUGGUGUCGCUGUUAUUGCAUCAAUUCUGUGAUCAUUUGACCCUAGUCCCCGGCCUCUGUACACGCCUAUGUGAGGUUUUAAUACCAGUUUUACGUGUUGAAUCUGUUUGUUCGCAACAGAACAUGGUGCUUGUACAUUCAUACCUAUUGUUCCUGUAUGUAUUAUAUUGUAAUCAACAUAUUUAUGUAUUUUAUUCAACAUUAUUGGAAUACGAACAUUGUCAAAGCUUAUAUUCCAGUUGUAUUAUUUAAAAUUAGCAUUAAAAUUAUUGCUGUGUUUGUAUGGUGGUACUUUAUAUUUUUUUAAGAAUGGACGCAUAAGUCGAACUCUCAUUGUCUUCAAGCAUUUUAUUGAUGAUAGUGUUUGUAAAGAUAUCAACCGAUAAAAGCAGUGCUGUGGAGGUCUACAAUGCUCGAUGCAACAUAAACAAAACAAUUUUAACCAUUUUUUUAAUAAAUAAAUCCGAAACAUUACGGCAAUGAUUUUGUAAAAUAUUUAUAAGUAUCCGUAACGCACUUCCAACUUAUAUUCAACUUCCCCUCUGAGGGAAUAGUACACAAUCUUAAACCGGUUCAUGUUUUGACAUUGAGAAACAUAAUAAUCUAAGAAAUUGGAUAAUGUAAAGACAGUUUGAAGUUUGUAUUAAUAUAUAAUGUAAUAUACAUACGUAACAUUUUAUGUGGAAACUGUCAUGCGAUUGUUGCUUGAUGAUAAUGUAGAAUUUCAAUGGCCCAAGUGCCUAUCAAAAGAAGAGCAGUAGGUAACAGUUUAUGCAGGUCGAAGAUCAAUUUACAGUUAAUUAUUUUAAAAAGUAGAAUUUUUGGUUAUCUAGUUACAAUAAUUUAUUCAGUUAUUUAAAAUAUUUAAAACCGUGUUUUACCAUUGCCAUUAUUCUUACUUUACGUGUUAUUUCAAUUUCUUAAUCAA